AUGACAAGAAACAGUUUAGUAAUUUUCUGUAUCGCUGCUUAUAUCGACCUGGUAUUAGCUACAAACAGCUGCCUGAUGACUAAUGAAGUCCACGAUUGUGUUUACACCGUCGAAUGCGAGCACUAUGCCGGCUCUGCGCCGAAUCCAUCCUGCGAACUCGAACCGUAUGUCACUUUUGUGGUAAAAAGUUCGUUUGUCGAAACACUGACAGCUGGAUUUUUUGGUUCGACAAACUUCGAUUCACGCGUUCGAGUCAUCGAAGGGAAAGAUAACAGAUGGCUGAAUAUCGAAGAAGCCACUUUUAGAUACUUCACUAAAACGCAACUGAUCAACUUAUCCAAUAACAAUAUUCAGAAUAUUAGAAACUUCGCUUUUAAGAAUCUAGUGGCGUUACAAAGCUUGAACCUAUCGAAAAAUGCCAUUGAAACGCUAUCAGCACGUAGUCUGAUGACUGUAGAAGGCAGAGAUUCGGAGUAUCUGAAGAUGAUCGAUCUAUCGUCCAACCAAAUUAUCUUUUUAUCAUCUGAAGUGUUCGAUCAUGCACCAAAUUUGGAAGAGCUGUUCUUAAAUAAUAACAAUAUCAAACAUAUAGAAGACAAUGUGUUCGGGGCUUUGUCUAAUUUAUAUCGCCUCACCUUACAAAAUAACCUAUUAACUUCUAUAAACAUGACGCUGAUUAAUUUGAAAUCGCUAAUUUAUUUGGAUUUGUCUUACAAUAAUAUAUCCGCGGUGUUCGGCUACGAGUUGAAUAGAUUAACUUCGCUACAAGUGAUCAACAUGACUCACAAUGCAAUUAAAACUGUCGAUGGAAAUUGUUUUACGCAAGCCUUCAACUUGUUUCAAGUAGAUUUUAGCAAUAAUUGCAUUGAAUCGGAGCUAGAAAACAUAAUGUUCGUUAAUAAUGCGAAACUUGACUAUCUGACAUUUGAAAAUAAUAACAUAACCAAGUUGCACGAUGGCGUAUUUAAACACACAGCUCUAAGAUACUUAAAUUUAGAAGGAAAUAAAAUAGACAUGCUCUUGAACAUAUCGUCAAACGGUUUAACUAAUCUUCGUUACGGCACCUUCAAAGGGUUGCAUAGAACGGAAGUGUUAGAUCUAUCUAGGAAUGCUAUAUCAGACAUAGACGAGCACGUUUUUCACGAAUGUCUCAGCUUGAAGAAGCUAAUCAUAGACUAUAACCGUAUAAAGAAAUUCGAUAUUGAGAAGGUAGUUACUAUAGUACCUACACUGAGCUUGCUGAGUCUGGGAGGUAAUCCUAUCAAAUGUAAAGAGAUUGUGCGUAGUUUUAACAAUGUGAAAAAUGUGAAACGACUCCAGUUCUUUAUUACAAACGAACAGAUUUCGCCGUCUAGCAAAUUAGAGAUAACGUCUAUAGACAAAGUGUAUCAUGAAGACAAUGUCCAUGGUAUUAAGUGUGGUUAUGACGAUGAAACUGGAGUUGAAUCUUCGAAACAAGGAACAGAUCCCAAACCAGAUAAUUCUAAUACGUCUCUUAUCACGACGGUUAUAGUUACAACAGUUUUACUAACUAUAGUAACAAUUUCUGCCAUUACUGGAUUAUUUUUGUAUAGGAAAUGGUUUGCAUCUAGUGAUCCUUAUGGAGAGUCAAGAUUGCAAAUGAGGCAGUCUAUUGAUUUGAACGGCUCUGAUUUUAGGGGCGAUCUUCUGAAUUAG